AUGUCAAUAUUUGAAAUAGAGAAUAUUAUAAAUAAAAUAUUAUUACCUCAAGAAAAAGAAUUAAUAGAAUCAGAGUUUAUGUGUCAAAUAUGUAAAAAGUUAAUUUUUAAUAGAUAUGUAUAUCAGUGUAGAAUUGGUGAUUGGUAUUGCGAUAGUUGCGUUAAAUCAAAGGUAUUAAAAAAAAAAAGAUGUUCAAUAUAUGAACUAAAUAAUGCACUAAUCGAUGAAAAUAAAGAUAUUUCAGAGGAAGAUGAAAAUAGAUGUAGUCAAAAAAUUACAAUUUCAGAAUUAAAUGGACAUAUAGAAACCUGCCAAUUUAGAUUUGUUAAAUGUAAAAACCAAGGAUGUGAAAUGGAAUUAAGAUUUAAAGAUUUACAAGUCCAUAGCGAUAAAUGUGGUUAUGAAGUUAUCAUGUGUCAGUUGUGCAAUCAUGAAGUUAUCAGAUCAAAAUUAGAACAUCAU